UGGAAAUUGAUGUUAGUUGACCACACUGCAUCUCUCCACCCAUAUCUGAUUCUUUUCUUCUCGUGAAACCAUCAAGACAUACUUGCACUUUGGUCGUGUUUCUCUUCUAGUUGUCAAGACUUCGCUUCACUUUCACGUUUGUCGAUCAAUAUGGGAGCCGCAGUUGAGCCCGACCUGAAAUCGACGGCGACAACGCCAACCCCGCAUUCUUUCCCUUGUUCAACGCUUGAUAUCGAGACCGCUGAAUCGCAACCUUCAGAUUGCGAUGUGAAUCUCAAGAUCCCCAAGGUUUUUCCUUGUGAAAACAUCAAGGAAAUGGCGGGAAACGUAGCCAGAAUCGGAAUUCGACCGUACAACAGCACAAACCCGACAUCGAUGGCCUUGGUACCAGUGGAGACACCAAAUGAAGACGGCACUACCACUGUCAAGCGCCAUCUUCCAGGUCAACCGCGAGUUCGGCUGGACGAUCAGAAUCCCGGCAGUCAUUGGAAGACCUUGACGACUUAUUUGAAUGAGAACCACCUGACCACGAAGCUGGAUGGUAUGUUCAAGUACAUGAAGUAUGUCUUUGUCCAAACUCCAUCUUUCCUUCACAUCAUGUCUCUCCACCAUCAGUACGCACACGACCGAGAGAUCAAGAUCGACGAGCAUCCCUGUCUUCAUCUGGUCUGGUACUACGAGCGAAUCUACGUCAAACCCAUCCCGGCCUACUUCUACUGCGCCGCCUUCUGGGAGUACAUCGCCAACGCCCACCUGGAUGUUUAUCGAGCUUGCCUCGGCUUCAUGAGGAGCUACUACUACUUGAUCCAGUAUGAGGUCGACUUUGCGUUGGCAUGUGAGAAGAUGUUGAUCCCCAAGAAGUCCAACGGGCAAUUUCCCACAUACGAAGAGUGGUGCGACUUCAUCGAGCCCUUCACCAAAAUCCACGACAUCCAAGUCCCCAAGCGGUACCACUACGGCGAACUGCGCCUCAGUCGACUCAACAUGGCUGCGGCAUUCUUUAAGAGGAAGCUGGCCUUCUUCCACAUUUACCCUCAAUGGGGCUCCUUCCUCACCCACAGCCUGGGACCCCUGCUCACCAUCUUUGCAAUCUGCUCCGUCGUGCUCAACUCGAUGCAGGUCAGUCUGCAGGCGCUCGACACAGAUCUUCCGAAAGACCAUGCAUGGCCCACGUGGAAGGCCGUGUCGGUGUGGUUCCCCAUUGUCGUGACGAUUUUGAUUGCCGUGGUGAUCCUUCUGGCUUUCAGCGGCGUUUGUGUCAUGGCUGUGGUAGAUCUCUACAGUGGCAUCAGGACGCGUCGCAAGAAAAGAAGAGGUGAUGCGACAGCUGGCAAAAAGACACAUGGCGUUAUCUGGUAGAGUGUUGUCUGUCGGAACGCCGAUCGCCAGGACAGCCUUUGUCGGAUGCCUCAGAACGUCCUUAGGUCAGACCGUUAUGGAAAGAAGAACGGGGCUUCGGCGAUAUUAGGCCGAUGCUUCCAGUGUCUUCUUCUUUGGGCAAAUGGGAGACAGCGAGGCAAAGCUAGGCCACCACUAAAAGCAACUCCAAACCCCGAAUGUUCAAAACCCAACGAUAUCAUCCUUAGCGUUAGCGUAGCCUCGAGAAAUGAAGCAAGCACGGCACCUCGAUGCACGACCACAGAAAACUCGAUAAUGAUUUUCCCUGCCUCCGUCGUGCCUGGGCCUUGUAACGGGCAUGGUGCGAUGUCGAGAUGGCCAACACGUCUUAUUGCUUUGUUUGAUUCAUAUUCGAUGUUCUUGAUGAUAACGGCUCGGAUACAGAGAAUCGAGAGAAUGAAAAACCCACGGUCAAAAGGAGUGAACACCCGUGAUAUGGUUAGGUAUUUCUGGGUCCGAAUGGCCCUGGGAGGUGGACCUGAGCUGGCCGUUUCCACUUGGGUCGGGUGGCCAACAUGUGGCGGUGGGCCUGAAGUUUGGACGACAACGGUGUACUUAUAAUGUAAUUCACUGUAUCAACGACGAGAUGAAUGAAUGAUUUAUGCUGCCGAUUCGUCCGCACGAUGCCAGGCUCUUCGGUCGCUGGAGACAUCACUCAGUUAGCUGGUGCCCUGUGCUGGCUCGUUCUGGGGAGGGAAAAAAAGCGACAGUCCUAAGGUUGUUGGUGGCUAUUACCCAACUUCAGAGAAAUUGUAACUCUGGUCGUGGCUUCCACGUUGAAGAAAGAAGUUUGAAGGGCCCUUGGGGAGAGAAAGGUCGGCGUUGAAGGAAUUCCGUACUGGUCAACAGAUGUACUUGUACGCCAGUUGGUGGAGCUGGGCCUGCCGGGACCUCAACCCGUGCUGUAAGUCUAGUGGGGUUGCACCAUGCCGGGCUCGGCUCGGGGCCGUGUUCUUAGGCGGCACGGGAGUUGCCCUGUUGCUUCCUCAGUUCUCAGUUCUCAAAUCUUGGGACAUUCCGAUGACCCAUCCCGUGUUGGUGGGUUUGAGACUAAUUAAGUAGAGGUAACCUUAUGUCGUCCGAAAUCUCGUGCGUCC